UCUUCAUUGAGGCAUUCGGGAUCUUUUGUUGUGGCGCACGGUCUCUUCAUUUUGGCGCUGGGGUUUCUCUCUAGUUGUGGCGUGCGGGUUUUCUCUCUCUAGUUGUGGUGCGCAGGUUCCAGGGCGCGUGGGAUCUGUAGUUUGUGGCAUGUGGGUUCUCUAGUUGUUGGGCGCGAGCUCAGUAGUUGUGGCGCGUGGGCUUAGUUGCCCGUCAGCAUGUGGGAUCUUAGUUCCCUGACUGGGGAUUGAACCCGUGUCCCCUGGGUUGGAAGGUGGAUUCUCUACCACUGGACCACCAGGGAAGUCCCAAAUCUCCAUUGCUUUUGAUGGGAAAGUGAAUUAAUACAAUUACUUUGGAGAAAAGUUUAGUGAUACCUAAUUGCAAAUUUGAAGAUACCCACAUCCUAUUGUCAGGAAUCAGUAAACACACAAGUAGGUAAAGAGUCAUUUAAAGGAUAUUCAUUGGCGGGAGGAGCAGCAGCGGCCAGGCAGCCCAGCUUUGCGAAGGCUCUUGGCGUGCCGCGGCCCAUAGGUACCCGGCAGGCGCCAGCCCCGCCGCCACGAUGCCCAAGAGGAAGGUCAGCUCCAAGGAGGGGGCAGCGAAGGAGGAGCCCAAGAGGAGAUGGGUGAGGUUGUCAGCUACACCGAGUCCUGCAAAAGUGGAAACGAAGCCAAAAAAGGCGGCAGGAAAGGAUAAAUCUUCAGACAAAAAAGUGCAGAUAAAAGGGAAAGGGGGAGCAAAGGGAAAACAGGCUGAAGUGGCUAACCAAGAGACUAAAGAAGACUUACCUGCAGAAAAUGGAGAAACUAAAAACCAGGAGAGCCCAGCCUCUGAUGAAGCAGGAGAGAAAGAAGCCAAGUCUGAUUAAUACCACGCACCUGGUCCUAUCACUGGUCCCUGUCUCCCUUCUUGUACAAUCCAGAGGAAUAUUUUUGUCAACUAUUUUGUAAAUGCAAGUUUUUUAGUAGUUCUAGAAACAUUUUUAAAAAGGAGGGAAUCCCACCUCAUCCCAUUUUUUAAGUGUAAAUGCUUUUUUUUAAGAGGUGAUAUCACUUGCUGGUUGUUUAUUUUUUGGUACAACCAGAAAAUAGUGGGAUAUUGAAUAUGGGAGGCUUUGAUUGUCUUGGGUGUGAGCUUAACAUUCCACAGAUGGUGGGGUAGCUUUUAUAUCCUAUAAUACAAAGCAUAGUCAGUUGUGCAUUUAAUGUCUUAAACACUUUAAAUUAC